UUUACUUACGCAACCGUUUAAGCAGAAAACAUUGCAAGCAGUACAUGCUGAAAAUCUGUCCAUACUCAGUAUUUCUGACAAAAAUGGAUCUUUGGGGAAAGCAUUUGCUAACUCUUGUGUUUUUUUGUCGCUCGACCUGCAGCAGCCAAAAUAUGAAUAAUCAAGAAGAUGUACUUACUCAAAAAGUUAUUUCAGAAGACAUGAAUUCUGUUUACCAAGUUCUGACAGAAGGUGGCCAGCCAUGUGUAUUUCCUUUUCGUUAUGGUGGAAAGCUUCACUACUCAUGUAUAUCAAAUAAGGUGUCGAGACAACACUGGUGUGCGACCACAGCCAACUAUGAUCGUGACCAUAAAAAGGGGCACUGUAUUAUAGAUCCAGUCAUAAGUGUUUCAGAGAUUGACCCCUGUUUGCAGAAUCCAUGUCAGAAUGGUGGCACAUGUGCUUAUGGGAACAAUGAGCAAACCUACUUCUGUCUUUGUACGGAACUCUUCAUGGGCAGAAACUGUGAAAAGGAAAAGUGCUUUGACGAGAGCCGCUAUAAGUAUUUCGAUAUUGGUGAAACCUGGGGACGAAUUUGGCAAAUGAAUGUUGAGCAGUGUACCUGCAAUGAAAAAGGAAUUGCAUGCUCAAGAAUAAAAUUCACAGGCUGCCUUGAAAAUGUUUGUUCCAAUAAUGGUACUUGUAGACAGAUUUAUUCCACAAAGGAGAAGGUAUGCAGUUGUAGGGGAAAUUAUGCAGGCCACCACUGCAAUAUAAAUCUUACUCAUAAUUGCUUUGAUUAUGAUAACAAUGGCACUGAAUACAGAGGCAUAGUAAACAAGACUGUUUCUGGAACGGAUUGCAUACACUGGAACUCAGAGAUUUUACAUGAAGAAUUCCAUAUCCAUAGCUUGGCAGAUGCAGAGAAGUUAGGCUUGGGAGAACACAAUUUUUGCAGAAACCCAGAUGCUGAUCAUCAACCAUGGUGUUACACAAUGAAGGAGAAUCACUUGGCCUGGGAUUACUGUGCUAUCCCAUACUGUGGAAGACUUACAGGCCGUAUGGUUCCUUCUCCCAAACAUCCUUCUUUAGCAAAUUGUGGGAAGAGGCACCAAAAAAGAAAAAACAAGUCAAGAAUUCUUGGUGGUAUAUCAUCUUUGCCUGGUUCACAUCCCUGGCUAGCUGCUAUAUACAUUGGGAAGGAUUUUUGUGCUGGUAGUUUAAUUCGUCCUUGCUGGGUAUUAUCUGCUGCACACUGCUUUGCUAACAGUCCACUGAAGUCAAUGAUAAAAGUUGUACUUGGCCAGUACCUCUUCAAUGAUACCAGCAGUGACACACAAUCAUUUGAAGUAGAAAAAUAUAUUUUUCAUGACAGAUUUAGUGCGUUUAACCCAACAGAGUAUGACAUAGUUCUCAUUAGGCUUAAGAAAAAGAAUGAAAAAUGUGUUGUUGCAUCACAGUUCAUCCGCACUGUCUGUCUGCCUUCAAGUGACAUGACAUUUCCAGAAGGUCAAAUGUGUGAGAUUGCAGGCUGGGGGCAUCAAACUGAAGGUGAACGUGAAUAUUCAGAUGUGUUGCUGGAAACAAAAGUGCCACUUAUUUCUUUCAGUAAAUGUAGCAGUCCUGAGGUUUAUGGUACAGAGAUCAGUCUCAACAUGAUGUGUGCAGGCUACUUCGAUUCCUCAGCAGAUGCUUGCCAGGGUGACUCCGGUGGACCCUUGAUCUGUGUGAAGAACAACACUGCUUAUAUUUAUGGUAUCAUCAGCUGGGGAGAUGGCUGCGGCAGGAAAAACAAACCUGGGGUCUACACCCAGGUCACAAAAUACAUAGACUGGAUUAGUAGCAAAGUAUAAAUCUUCAAUGAUUAGUUACCUGUUUUAAUGCUGGAGGAAUGUUGUGCUAUGACCCUUCAGUUACAUAAUAUAUUUUUGUAGUAAAGUGAUAGUAUCUGCUAGUUGGAAACAAUGGCACCACCCGUUCAUGUUUUUUAAAUGAUGUUUAUUCUGUGAAUUGGAUGAACUUUGUCAACAGACAUAUAAUUCUUCCAAUUAUUGCAAGUUCUAAGUAACAAGUAACACAUUGUGCUAUGCAUCUCCAUUGAUUUUCUUCUUGCAGAGUACAUCUCUAGCACAUUUCUGGGUUUAUAAGCGAAAACAGAAGGUUUUGACUGAAGAAUUAAGGUAGCAGAAAGAUUUUUCUUCCUGCUGUAAAAAAAUGCUGAGCUAUUUCUAAAAUGAACUGUACAGAGACAUUCCUUUAUUUAAAUGUUUUGGUACUACAUUAACACAUUAUACAAGCACUAUAGAACACUCUGAUAUGCUGGCAAUUCAUCAUAGCAGAUUUAUUAGCAAAGUUUGAACUCCUGUGCAAACUGUUUUCUGUUAACCUAUUCAAUAUUUUUUCAGUAAACCCAUUAUGGAUGCAAACAAGAUCACAGAGACAAAAGUGUCAUAGAUAUAGCUCCCAACCUCUUGACACAAAAAUUUGGACAAACCCAAAAAUAAUGGGGGGACAAAGCACCAAAAAUAUAGGAACACAUUUUAAAUAGUGCUCUUAUAAACUUAAAAA